AUGUCCAUCUCCCCACUGAUCACUCUCACUCGUUCAUCGAGAUCAGCUCGAACUCAACUAUUCAGACCAACAAGGUUAAUCUCAAGAUCCACACCUGCAUCUUCAUCCUCAUCCUCUUCCGUAAUCCGAUCACUCGUCACUUCCGGCAGCAAUGGCUCAUCAGGAUCAGGAUCUCGACACCAACAUAGUUAUAAGAAAUAUCUGCCAUACGCUCUAAUCGGUAUCCCCACUUCCCUGCUCAUCAUGCCUUCUCUAUCUGCCGAUUCCGACUCGGACUCUAAGGUGGAAGUACCCAAAUCAUCCUUAGAAUCAGCUAGUCUCCCUUCAUUGCUCAGAUCAUAUCUAGUCUACACCAUGAUCUGUUUACCUGGUCUAGUCGAUUAUUCACCUACGAUCCUCCAUUCCUUCACUCACUCUUACAUCCCCGGACUCAAAGCUCUUACAGAGGCGAUCGUGCGAAUGACCUUCUUUGGUCAGUUCGUACCAGGAGAGACCGUCGAGGAAUGUUUACCUACGAUGCGAGCUCAGCAUGAGAGGGGUGUAGCAUCGAUGUUGAAUUACAGUGCUGAAGCAGACAUAGGAUCGGCUAUCCAAGAGGACGAACAGGCUGAUUUGGAAGAACAAUUGAGGGAAGAGAGAUUACAAGAGGUUUUUAGAGCUUUACAGAAAGCUGGAGAGUUCGAGAGAAGUUUGAAAGAGAAUGAAAGAGGAGCAACUAGUUUCGCUUUGAAGGUGACCGGUCUGAUUGAUCCCCCUAUCCUUACUCGAGCAUCCACUACUCUCUUACGAGUACGACCUCUCACCACUUCCUCUCAACCCAUGUCCGCCAACGCACCUCCCCAAGUUCCCUACCCCGGUACACCGCAAUCGACAGAUGCUCGUAUCGUAGCGAGAGAGCCAUCCAUGGGAGACGGUAAGGAAUUACUGUCUCUGAACGGCGUCUUGGGCUCGAUGGGCGUCUUGGAUACAGAUGAAGGGUUGAGGAAAGGCGAUUUGGAGGAACUGUCGAAUUUGUGGGGGAAAUUGAAGAAGAUAGGACAAGUGGCUAAAGAUAAUGGAAUCGUCCUCCUCGUUGACGCCGAAUACACCUGGAUGCAACCUGCCUUGGACGCAUACACAACUUUGCUCUCAGCUGAAUUCAACGUUCCUCCUAAGAAGGACUCAGAGGAAUUCAAGAACUGGAAAGGUCCUUUAAUCUACGGUACAUACCAAUCAUACCUGACCAGACAACCUACCCACCUUAUCGCAGCGCUCAAACAUGCCGAAGAGAAUGGUUAUGCACUCGGUAUCAAGUUGGUCAGAGGUGCCUACUUCGAUAAAGAAAGGAAGAAAUGGAAGGUUGAAGGUAGAGAAGGUGCUGAUCCCAUCUGGCCAGAUAAACCCGCAACAGAUUCAUCAUACAACGGAUCACUCAACACUGUCAUAUCGACGCUCUCCACUCAACUCGCAUCGAAUAAACCUGAACUGGCACUAUCUGUGAUCUUCGGUACGCACAAUCCCGAUUCGUGCGAUUUGAUCUGCGAUGGAUUAAAGCAGGCUGGUCUGGCCAAGGAAUUGGAGGAUGGAACGGGUAGAUUGAAAUUGAGGGAUGAUGUGGUCGGUAAAGUUGGAGUUGCUCAGCUGUAUGGUAUGAAAGAUGACUUAACGGAUAAAAUGGCUUCUAAAUUCGUUUUCGACGGUAGACCAGUAGCCAUCAAGUACAUCGCAUACGGUAAAUUAUCAGAAGUGAUGCCUUUCCUCGGUCGACGAGCUAUAGAGAACAAAUCAUUGAUGAGUGGCGAACAAGGUGCGGGGGCGGAACGAAAGCGAGUAGGAGGAGAGAUCUGGAGAAGGCUUUUUGGCUAG